UUGCUCUCAUUCAGCACUCAUGUACAGUUCUCAUACUUGCCAGUAACAAGAUUGGUGACAUUCUUCAAAUGUGUAAAAGUAUAUAAGUAUGCUGACAGAAGCAGUAUUUGAAGCUCCAAAAGCGGCUAAAGUCAUGGAUUCGCUGGCUAUAGUGGCUGUGUUUCUCCUUUUGGGGACCCUCUCUCAACCACCCCUGGCUGCAGCCUUCAAACCCCUCUCUUCUAAUGGCUCCCUCACCCACCGAGAAAUCACACAGAUCGCCAUCCUCCGGAAGACUGCAGAAGUGUGCCGGGACAUCGCUGUUGACCAGGGGCGAGAAUUCACACUACCUAUCAACAACAAACUGACUGUAGCUUCUGUCCGAGCAGCCUGCUCAAAUUCAUAUGCUGCCCUAUCCACACUCAGUUUUACUUUGGCCAUUGCCAAGAUUUAUCUCAGCAAUGCAGCUGUGGAUUUAGUAUACUUACUGACUGAUCCACCUCAUGUUGAUAAUGAGGCUUUCAUUGAGGCACGGGAUAUUAUUACUCAAGGACUGGCUGCAGUGAAGGCCAGCAUGAAACAGGAGAACUACAAUUCUGCACGUGUCAGACUGGGGGCUCUUUUCCAUACUUUACAGGAUUUCUAUAGCCACAGUAACUGGGUGGAAUUAGGAUUCACCACACCUCUCCGUAACAUGACUAGAUCUGACCUUCCCCUCAACAACCUAGCAGGCCCCAAAACACCGACAUGUAAAAGCUGCAAUGGAGACGACUGCAGUGACAACAUUCUCCCAGAGAUCCUGCAGCAGAAGAUAUUAACUACAGGAUAUACCGGCCUUUUCUCCAAUUCCAAACCUGCAGGCAAGUGUAGCCAUGGUGGCUUCUUUGACUUAACAAGUAGAAGAGAACCCACUGGAGGAAUCAAUAAGGAUACGAUCAGCUCACAACAUGGCUUUCUUCACAACAGAGCUGCUAACCUGGCCAUCAACGCAACCAUGGAAGUGCUGGAAGAUAUUCGACUGGCCACAAACAACACAGCCUUUCUUCGAUUGAUGGGGCUCAGUCAGACAUCAGUGCUGGCUUUUGUGAUUGACACCACAGCCAGUAUGUCUGAUGAUAUUGCAGAGGCCAAGAGAGUGUCCUUCAGUAUCAUAGACAGCAGGAGAGGAACAUCAGAGGAACCUUCAGAAUAUAUUCUAGUUGCUUUUAAUGAUCCAGGUUUUGGACCUCUUAUAAGGACUGAGAAUGCAGAUAUUUUCAAAGAGAAAAUGAAUUCCCUUACAGCAUCUGGUGAAGGAGACGCCCCAGAGAUGUGCUUAUCAGGACUGCUGUUGGCGCUUGCUGGAGCUCCUCCAUCUUCAAACAUUUUUGUUUUCACUGAUGCUGCAGCAAAGGACUCGGAAUUAAAAAGCACAAUUGAGGCCCUGAUAGAAAGCACCAAGUCAACAGUGAAUUUUAUGCUGACACACUCUACCUCAUUCCGUAAAAGAAGAAGCGUCUCGGAACGACAGAGUUCUUCAUCAAGAGCAAUGUCUCAGUCAGAGAUACAGUUGUACAGAGACCUGGCCCAUGCUUCUGGUGGACAGGUCAUAGAAGUCACAAAGGCCACACUGCCUCAGGCCACGAAAGUCAUUCCAGAUACAUCUACCUCUGCACUGGUGACCGUUCUUCAGGUGGUGAGAAAUCCAGCCAAGGCCGAAAACUUCUCUUUUGUGUUGGAUGAGACUCUGUCGAAUGUGACUGUGUAUGUAACUGGGGAUUCUCCAGUCUUUACACUCUACAGUCCUACAGGUGUGUCUCAGUCAGGGUCAGAGGGAAAUGGCCCUCUGGGUAGUACCCAGAAUGCAGGAAAUUGGUGGAUGUUACAGAUUUCUGGCAACCAGACAGGGCAAUGGAGAAUAAGCAUUAAUUCUACAAGCUUCUAUACCCUGAAAGUCUUUGGUCAGAGUUCUGUGGACUUCUAUUUUAACUUUGUGGAAUAUGAUGGAAAUCGUGGAGACUUUAUUCCAAAAGACAGUCGCCCUUUAACCGGUGGGAAUGCCACUUUGUUUCUCUCUCUAACUGGAGGAAACUCAGCCACAGUGACAGACGUGCUUCUAGUUAAUGCUUCAGGAUCUGGUGCUGUUAAUGGAACUAUCACAGCAGUGGUAGGGACAGAAUAUCUGGUUAACUUUGACAGAAUCCCAGAGGGGGCAUUUCUGGUCCAGCUGAAUGGGCUGUUGAAUGCCUCCUCAACAUCUACCCGAUUCCAGAGGCAGUCACCCACCCAGCAGAGAAGCUCUAGAGUUAUCAUAAUGUCCCAAACACAGAGCCUUAUUGCGCCUGGAGUCCCUUUCAGUUUCAACUUUACAGUGAAUUCUACCACUACAGCUGGCAACUACACUAUACGGGCCAGGACUAACCGUGGCUUCAGCCUAUCCUUUUCUGGCUCUCUGAGCCUGGGGAUAUGGGGCAGCGCUCAGGGAACUGUAACAGUGACCGCACCAUCCAACACAGAGUUAGGAACAGAUGUCACACUCACCAUUGAGGCUCAAGCUCCAGGAGGCACUGACUUUAAUUUUGUUACGCAGUGGUUCAUUGUCUCAGCUGCAAGUGCUGAAGCCAGUAGAUGGUAUUCUGUGUACUUUUCAAUGUGUCUUUCUCUCAUGGCAUUAUUUGUUUCCUGUAUAUAUGAUUAAGAUAACUCAAAGACCAAUCCUAAAUUACAAUAAACGGCCUUCUAUCAUAGUACAUUAAUUGUUGCUUAACUUUUCCACAGCAAAUAACAACUGUUCAUUGUACUUUUCUUGAAUUAUGACAGACAAAAAAGCCUGUAUAAAUACUACAGAAUUGAAAUAAAAAUCAUUGGUCUAAAAUUAAAGGACUUAAUACUGAUUUUUUUAUUAUGUGUAUUCCAGAUCAAGUUCAGGAAUACAUUUUACAGUUAAAGGAAUAGUUCAUGCAAAAUGUAAAAAAUUGUCAUCAUUAGCUUCAUGUCAUUCCAAACUCUAAUUACUAUUGACUAGUCCAUAUGACUGAUGCAUUGUACUCCAAGCCUUCUUAAGCCAUAAGACAGCUUUGUGUGACAAAAUGUUUUUCAAUUUGCGUGAACUUUUCCUUUAAUAGUGAUUCGUGAAUGACUGUUCUCUCAUGAAUUUAUUUAAAAGUGUUUUUGUUUUUUUUAAACUAGCAUACUCAUAUUAACAUAUUAUGAAUGCUAGUGUACCUGUCUUAGAAGUCAGUUUGUAUUUCUUGUUUAUUUAAUUAUUUUUAAAGUGUCUUGUUGGGGACCUUUAAUUUGAAACUGCUUAGUAAAGCGCUGGUUUGAGUGGAGACUUUUAUUAUGAAAAAGCUCAGAUUGGCUCAAAAAGACAGAUGUCUGCACUGCAUGGAAAGUUAAAGAGUGUUCAAGUUCUAAUAUUUACAUUCUACUCAUAUGAAGUUAAAAAGGACAUCAGAUGCAAGAUUAAGUUCUCCUUUUGGUAACAAGCAGCCAAUGAAGUAAGUUUUUCAUUUAUAUUAUAUGUGAUUGUUAGAUUGUGUUGCUGUGUGGAAGAGAACAAUAUCUGUACAAAUACUAUAGUUAAGCUUUUAAAGUGAACUUAACUUUGUUUAAAAUGUUUACAAAGACAACAUUUAUUUAUAUAAUAUAUUCAUGUGUUUUAUAUUCUUUGUUUUCACUUUAUAUUUGUGUAUUUAGUUCUCAUGGCAUCUUGAGUUGGUUGAUUAUGAACCAGUCAAUAAAUCACCAGUCAUCAGAGAAUCCUUGUGCUCGUGAAAUUACUGGGGGAAGUUAUAGCUAGUGUACUGGUGUUCUAACACAGCACAUUUAGAAGCUGAACUCUGAAUACUGAAACAUACUGUAUGUUCAGUAUAAUAAAAAUAAAAUUAUAUCAUAAAAAAUAAAAAAUGAAAAUGAUUUUGCUUACCCUCAUGUCAUUAUUCCUCAUGUAAUUUUCAUGGAACACAAAAAGAGAUAUUUAGCAGAAUGUCCAAACUGUGAUU